UAGAAAGAGAUCUUGACGUUUCAGUGUAUAUCGAGGAACAUGUAAGGUUAAAGCAUCAUUUAUCUAAGAUAAGCCACAGGUUUCGAAUAUAUCUGCUUCUUGAGUUCUUGGUUGUGACAGCAACUCAAUUUAUGUCGCUACUGGAAACCACAGGGAACUAUGGGAUCAUCAAUUUCAUUAAUGGCGGUGAUUUUGCAGUCGCCUGUAUUGUUGAGCUUGUUGGGAUGGUAAUUUGCCUUCAUGCAGCUGCUAAGAUCUCACAUAGAGCGCAGGGUCUUGGAUCAGUUGCUAGCAGAUGGCAUGCUUCAAUCACAUGCAGCUCUAACGGUGCCUCUCAAUUGGGAAUCAAUAGUAAUGUUGGAAGCUUGGAGGCUGCAAAUCCUUCAUCCUCAAUACCUAUUAGCUACUCUGAAAGUGAUUUGGAGUCGGGUGACUAUGUGCCAAUGGCCACAAAUACUCAGUUGGCAUCUUAUAUGACCAUGUAUCACAAGAGACAGGCCUUUGGUGGAGCCACUAUCUUCGGAUGGACUAUUGAUCGAGCUCUUAUCAAUACAAUUUUCUUCAUUGAACUCACUGUGGUUCUUUUUGUGCUUGGGAAGACCAUUACUUUCACUACAAAAUGACAUUCAUAGCAAGAUCUCUUUGGCAACUCACGUUUCUAUCCACCGAGUUUUUUGGUUACGGUUAUGGGUGGAAAUGGCGUCUGCUUAACUGAUAUUAUUACUUGAGAGGACACUUCAUUUGCUUCAGAUAAUGAGUAGCCAUGUAUAACAUCAUUUGGUACUUAUAAAUGACUAAUACAAAGCCUGUACCAAUAUAAAGACUAAUACAGAGCGUCUGCACCAAUAUAAAGUAUAAUGACGAA